AGGUGCGCUUCGUGAUGACUCGAUGGACAUGGGUUCGCAGCUGGGCGUCCACUGCCUGCAAACAGCAGCAUGCGACAGGCUGCAUUCAUAUGGACCAUGGACGAGCGUCUAGUGCGGAGGCAGGGCAAGACGAAAAGGGUGCGACGCAGAUGAUCACAGUCAAGAGUGUCAGGUCGAGUCACGCCGAAGGGAACACCGAGACGAGGUCGGUUUGUUGGUAAAGCUCAAAAGGCGGCCUCUUUCUUGCAUCGUCAACAUUUCCCGCUCACUGGGAUCACACAACAAAACGUACUCGGUCGAGACUCGACCGCAUCGCUUCGCCUCUUCACUACACUACUGCGACAAGCUCAGCAUUCAGCACAAAUACCUCGAGAACACUCCCCAUCCUUUUCAGGCGCAACAAGCGGAAGUGCUGCUCAGCUCGCUUCAGCUUUUCUCGAGUCACUCUUCUCACACAAGUCGUCAGCCGCUAGCUCCCAAACCGCACCAAGAGACAUGGACCAAGGUGCAGUCUCUGCUCUCAGCUCGGCCACCUCCAGCGUCGCACCACUGGGUCGAAGCGCCUUUGCAUCCCUCUUGACUCAGCUGCGUCAAAAGCGCAGUGCCUUGCCACAAGCUCUGGCUUUGGCAGCCAUCUUUCAAGCCGAGGGGCUUUUCAGGUUCCUCAAGACGUAUCUGUACAACUUUGUCGCCAAUCGCCUCUUCUUUCAGGCUCACAUCGAUGGACAUGGAUGGAGCUGGUUGACACGAUGGAUCGAUGCUCAGCCUACUGCCAAGGAAUUGCGCAGCUUCAAGAUCGACGACGUCAGGCCCAAGUCCGAUGAAGCGCCAGCUCGCGUCGUCUCUACCCAGCCGCAAUGCAGCAAGGUGUGGUUGCUAGUUGACAGGAGCAGCGGCAUCUCCACGCCCGUCACCGUCCACACCUUGCUGCGCUUCGCUCUAGCAAAGCUCUGCGGCUUGCUGUCCAGAACCUCGGUGCCCACGACGCUCAUAUCGUACGAGCUUGAGAGGACGUACGAAGGAAAUUCUAGUUCACCUUCUCACUUUACUCGCAUUCAAAUGUUGACGCGCCACCGUCAACAUUUCGAAGAGCUGCUGUGCACCAUUCGAGGUGAGGAUGAGGUGGCGCGUUCAGAUCUGACGAUGGUGUACGAGGUCGUGGAUGACGAGUGGGAAGAGGCUUGCGAUAUCCCUCUCAAGCCUUGGCAUUCUGUCAUCUUGGCCGAGGGCAAAGCCGAAGCUUUGCUAGAGGAUGUCCAGUCAUUCGUCGCUUCGGCGCCGUGGUACGAAAAGCACGGCUUGCCUCACAGGCGCGGCAUUCUGCUCUACGGCCCUCCCGGCACAGGCAAGACCAGCGUCGCGACGGCAUUGGCGGGCAAGCUAAAGUACGAUUUGCACACCAUCAAUCUGUCUGGUCUUACCGAUGCUACCUUUGCUCGACUAGUGAGGUGCACCUACAGCGCUGUCCUUCUUUUGGAAGACAUCGAUUCCAUCUUUACGGCCGACAGGCAGAGUUCGGAUGAAAGGAGCCAAGUCACCUUUUCUGGUCUCUUGAACGCUCUGGACGGAGUGUUGGCUUCCACAAAGGGUCUCAUUGUGCUCGCCUCUACAAAUCACAUCGAAAGGAUUGAUCCGGCAUUGAUAAGACCUGGACGUUUCGACUUGCGCAUGUUCGUCGGCAAUGCCACGUAUCAACAAGCUCAAGCCCUCUUUCUCAACAUCUACACCGACCUAGAUACCCGAGCAGACUUUUUGCAGCAGCUCGAGCAAGCGCGGCAAGGCGAGGCCUGUACUGCGUCAGCAUGCGAAGAUGCCGAAGCGAUUGCGAUUUCGGACGAAGCACAGAAGCCGCUCGUCAAGGAUGCUUGGACUUUGAGUCUCAGCAGACCCAUCACUCCUCCCGUAACUCCUCCCAGUAAGCUGAUGGAAUACGACGAGGAGGUGGAUGGUGCUGGUGCAGAUCAAGUCGCAGCAUGCAUCGAUCCGCCCGUGGUCGAAUUCGACGUUUGCUCGACAGCGAACAAGGCAGGACGCACCGUGCAGGACGCGGUCGGCGCAAAGGUGUACGGCUCCUCUCUAUGGUCUCAAUCGCUCGACUUCGCUUCGCGCAUUCCGGAACCUACGCAUAUGAAGGCCACUGCAGCAGGAGAGGCGGACACAGUCACGGGCGUGGGCAUGGCUGCGCUUCAGGGCUUUCUUGUUCGAAGGAGGGAUAGACCUGAGGCGGCAGUAGCUGACGUGGAAAGCUGGAUCAUCGGCGGCAUGUCCUCUGAUGAUUCUGGGCCGGUAGUCAGUUUGUGACUCUAUGCUCGACUCAUCCCUUGCUCUCUAUAUUGUACACCCCAAAUUCAGCUUUGGGUCCAAACAACAACCUGUAUUUGUAUCACAUCAGCAUUUUCGAAUUGUAUUCUCUUCUCGCCUCGU